AUGGUUGGAGCCAGCAUCAUCUUGGCAUCGUUUGCCGCCCACGCCUUAUCGUUUGCUCAUGGCGAGGCUCCUCCCAGCAAGGAUCCAUGUCCCAACAAGUCGAUCUGUGUCGGUAACUACUACACGCCCGUCUUCAUUAGCAUUGACCCGGGGGAUUGUAAUGCAAAAAGUUGCAAACCCGACCAACUGUGUGUCGCCGGUAGAUGCCAACCCCUAAAGAUCGGCGACGCUGACCACGAAAAAUGCGGUGAUGCGCAGACUGCUUGUGCCUCUGGCCAGUGGUGCAAGAGCGGAGCCUGUCACUCCAUCGACGUCGUCACCGAUUCCCUGAAUUGUGGCGGAUCCAGCAAGUGUAAGGCUGGUGAAGUGUGUCUCAACAACGUGUGCGCAGCCAUCAAGCUUGGGGACGACCCAGCAUUCUGCGGAACCGAGAGAGAAGCUUGUGACCCAGGGCAAGUCUGUCUGGAUGGUACUUGUACUCCGGUCACCGUGGGCAUAAGUGCCAAGCCAUGCUCCCGGAACGAAGAAUGCCCCUACAGCAACAAAUGUAACGGAAACGUCUGUGAGCCCAUUGUCAUUAGCACCAACCAAACACGCUGCGGAAGGGAGUCCGAAUCCUGCAAGCCUGGUAGCAUUUGCGUGUCAGGGAGUUGCAAGGCCAUUAGUUCCCCUGACUCUAAGGGGAGCGAGUGUCCCCCCGGGACUGCCAAGUUCGGUGACCAGUGCCAAGCGCUCCGUAUCAGCACUGACAACUCGACUUGUGGCACGGCUAAGGAUGGCUGUGACAUUGGUCAGAUUUGUAUCUCUGGCGUCUGCGUUGACAACCUUUUCGAUGCUUCGCUUGCCAUUCUGAGCCCAUGUACCAGUCUCGGUCAAUCUCCUGAUUAUGAUGGAACGUACUCUGGUGGUAAACAAAAUCAACCGCAUGACGAUGGAGGCCACAAUGAAUCUCAUGAUGAUGGCGAAAGCUCUGGCCAUGGCUCCCACAGUGGAGAUUACCUUGAGGAUAAUGGAUCUUCCCGGGAUGGUGGAAACUCUAACAACCGUAUUCCUGUUGGAUGGCAUAGGCCAGACACCCCAAUAUCCCAGCCGGGCGACGGCACCUGCUACUGGCCCAUCGAAGGCUAUUGCCGCAACGGCGAGGUAUACAUGAACGGAAUCUGCGUGGAUAUUAUUGGUGACGCAGAGAAUUGCUCCGGUCCGGGACAGGCCUGCCCAUCGAAAAAUAUAUGCUGUCGCGGAGACUGCUACCCAGUUGACGUGUUCUCUGACCCCGAUAACUGCAGUAGCAAGGCGUGUGGACCGGGCCAGGUUUGUACGGAUGGUGACUGCAUCCCUUGUGUUGUCGAGCCUGACCCGUCCAAGUGCGGCCAAAUAGACUGUGGUCCCGGCAAGCUCUGUAUCUCAGGGGUUUGCGCUGACAUAAAGGAUGACGCCCAAAACUGCGGUGCUCCUGGAGUUGCCUGUGAUGCUGACAACAUCUGCAUUCUUAACACCUGCAUCCCCAUCAACCCUAGUGGAUCUGGUUCUUGUAACGACCGAUGCUCUACUAAUGAUAUAUGUGUUGACGGAAGUUACAUUCCCAUCGGAAAGCCUCCUAUCCAGUGUGAGCCUGAGUGUGGCCCAGAGAGUGUCUGCCUCAACGGGCAAUGCCUCAAUAUCGGCCACCCAGGCACCUGCAACACUCCUGGGAGUAAGUCAGACUUGAGUCGCCCGUGCCCCUCUGGCUUAUCUGCAUGGAUGGGGCCUGUGUUCUAUUUUCUACUCCUGACCUGUGUGAUGCGGAUGGAAACAAGUGCGCAGAGGACUCUGUCUGCGUCUUGGGCAACUGUAUCCCGAUCGGCAACCCAGCCCAGUGCGGCCCCGAUGGCAAUGUCUGCUCACCCAAUAACAUUUGCCUGGGGCGUUACUGUACUCCUAUCGAACAUCUUACCUGUGACGGCAACAGUGACUGCCCUGCGGAUCAGGUCUGCAGCGACGGUAUUUGCGCUCCCAGAACUGGCAGCUGUAACAAUGAUAGCGACUGUCCCACUGACCAAACAUGCAAAGGGAACAUCUGUGCGCCGGUAACUACCGUUGGCUGUGGAAAGGAUGAGGAUUGCCCUGCCGGCCAGGCAUGCAACGAUCGCAACAUAUGCGAGUCAACAUCUUCGAGCUGUACAGCGGAUACUGACUGCCCUCCGAACCAUUUCUGUUCUUACCCAGACAACUCCUGUCAGCUGAUUGGACCUGUGGACUGCAGUUCAGAUGAGGACUGCCCUGAGAACCAUUCAUGCAACCAGGAUCUAAAUGUGUGCGAACCCACAGAGCCGGUUACCUGUAGCAGUGAAGCCGACUGCGCUGCGGGCCAGUCAUGCGACUUAGAGAGUGGUGUUUGUGAGACUGUUCCCCCUAGAGACUGCGUCUCUGAUGAAGAAUGCCCGACUGGUCAGAGCUGCUCCGUUCAUAACUUCUGCACGGUCUCGCCUUCCUUCUGUAUGGAUUCUUCUGUUUGCUCCGACGGCGAGUUCUGCUCAGAAGAGUCCCAUACGUGCGAGCCUGUUGAUGGAACUCCCUCCGAGACCAAUAACGACUGCCCUGUUGAUAGCACGUGUAACGUGGCCCUCAAAGUGUGCGAGCUUACCUCGCCAGAUGAGUGUGAAUCAGAUAGCGACUGUCCCUCUGGUCAACAGUGCAACACUGCCAUUAACGUUUGCGAGAUCCUUUCUUCCACUCCUUGCGAGUCUGACAGCGAGUGCCCUGAUGGCCAGGUUUGCGACGGCGAGAGUGGGAUUUGCACCACACCUCCUAACGUCUGCCAGUCUGAUGAAGACUGCCCAGAUGGCCAAUCCUGCGACCAGGAGUCAUCUUGCCAGCCGAGUGGCCCAGAAACUUGUAUUACAGAUGAGAACUGCGCUAGUGGAUAUGUUUGCAACGCCCAACUCAGCAUCUGUGAGCCUGAUACACCAGCCAGCUGCCAGACCAAUCAGCAGUGUCCCGCUGGGCAGACCUGCAACGUUGAUCUCAAUACCUGCGAGAACUCGCCACUAAGCUGUGCUUCCAACAGUGACUAUUCUAAUAAUGAGGUCUGUAACCCGGAAACCAAUACUUGCGAACCUGACGGACAGGCGACGCCCUGCGAGAGCGACGCCGACUGCACCGAAGGGGAGAGUUGCAAUGCUGAUACUAGUAUCUGCGAGCCUACGUCACCCGAUAUUUGUAACUCAGAUGAUGACUGUCCAUCGGGUCAGGAGUGCAAUCUUGAGGUUGGGAGCUGUGAGCCUUUGUCGCCAGGAAACUGCACCUCAAAUGACGACUGUCCAGCAGGCCAGAUUUGUAACCAAGAUGAAGGUUCUUGCAUAGUUGGAGAACCGAACACUCCCUGCCAAUCUGACGAAGAGUGCCCGGCCGGACAGAGUUGCGACCAGACAAGCAAUAUUUGCGCGCCCUCUACCGACUUUUGUCAAUCCAACAACGACUGUGACCUAGGGACACAAUGCAAUCUUGACAGCAUGACUUGUGAGGUUAUUCCCGGCUUCUGCAGCUCUGAUGACGAGUGCGGCAAUGGCCAGACGUGCGACCUCGAUACCAAUGUGUGCGAAGAAGCGCCAGAGUGUGAAGCUGACAACGAGUGCGAGGCAGGCCAGUUCUGCAACACGGGGAGCAACACUUGCGAGGACAUUCCUGGCUUCUGUACAAAUGACUCCAAAUGCCCUCAAGGCGAGAACUGCAACCUGGUGGAUAAUACCUGCGGGCCUAUCGACGGCUAUUGCACUUCUAGCGAGGACUGCGAGCAAGGCCAAAGCUGCAAUAUUGAUGAGCCCAUUUGCGAGGAUAUUCCCGGCUACUGCGCUUCUAAUGGCGAUUGCUCCCCCGGUCAGAUAUGCAACACUGCCACCAGUGUUUGCGAGAACGAUCCCGAUUUCUGCGGCUCGCAGGACCAGUGCGAAGAGGGGCAGUCCUGCAAUCUCGUCCUCAAUAUCUGCAAGGACAACUCCGACACCUGCACUGACGACAGCCAGUGCCCGGCGGGUCAACAGUGCAACUCUGCCAGCCAGGCUUGUGAGGACAUUCCUGGCUACUGUGUCGAUGAUUCCCAGUGUAGCCAAGACCAGACCUGCAACCUAACCACUAAUAUGUGUGAGGAUCGCGGUCCUGGAUCCUUCUGUCUCGACAAUUCCGACUGCGAGGAGGGUCAGACCUGCAACACCGAGUCCAAUACCUGCCAAGAUGCCCCAGCCCCCUGCACCGGUGAUGGUGACUGUCUCGAUGGUCAAUAUUGCGAUGAUGAAAGUAACUCCUGCGAGGACAUCCCGGGAUUCUGCCAGAGCCAGAGCGACUGCGAAGAAGGCCAGACAUGCAAUACAGAGUCCAACACAUGUGAGAAUAUUGACGGAUACUGUGCCAAUGAAGCCGACUGUAGUGAGGGCGAGACCUGCAACCUGGAAACACAGCUCUGUGAGCCGAUCGAGGGCUUCUGUCAAGACACUACAGACUGUCCAGCCGGUCAGUCUUGUAACACCGGGACCAACGCCUGCGAACCUAUUGAUGAAUUCUGUCAAGAUACUAUAGACUGCCCCGCUGGCCAAUCUUGUAAUACUGAGUCUAACAUGUGUGAGCCCAUUGAUGGGUUUUGUCAAGAUACUAUGGAUUGUCCUGCCGGCCAAACUUGUAAUACUGGCUCUAACACUUGCGAACCGAUUGAUGGUUUCUGCCAAGAUGCUACAGACUGUCCUACUGGUCAGACUUGCAAUGCCGGGUUCAACAUUUGCGAACCUGUUGACGGUUUCUGCCAAGAUACUACAGAUUGCCCUGCUGGUCAGUCUUGCAACACUGGAUCCAACACCUGUGAGCCCAUUGACGGCUACUGCACCAGUGACUUGGACUGUGACGAAACCGAGGACUGCAACCUAACCAACAACACUUGCGAACCCAGUUCGUCCAGCUGCCAGACCAACGACGAAUGUCCCGAGGGCCAGACCUGCGAUGCGGGUACUUGCAUCUCAGGAGAGCUGGGCGGUGAUUGUGGGGAAGGUUGCACUAUCGGUAUAUGUCUUCCCUUGA